UGGCUUUUCAGCACUCCCUUCCGCUUAGCCGCCGGGUUGCGGGCGCUCCGAACCGCCGCCUCCGUCUAAUCUCUCCUCCUCGGCCGUCGGCCCUCGACUGCGAUCUGCGGGAGAUCCGAACCGGCGAAGAUGAGAUCGGGACCAGGAUCCAAGGUGCCGGAUUCCAGGACUAGAAGAGCGGCGAGCGACGAGGACCAGGAGAGGCCUUCGUUGCCCCCUUCGCUGGAGCCAGGUAUGUCUACCAUGCCACCGUCGUCGUCUGCGCCAUGCGGGUCGCCGGCUUGUGGAGGCACUAGCAUGGAGGAGCCAAGCCGGGAGGAACUCCCUGCUCCAUCAUCGCGGGCGUCGCCGUCGCAAAGCCUCCCCGCUGUUACGGAGGCUCCUCCGACAUACUGGUUCGCUCGCCCUCGUAGAGCCGAUUCCAUGACAAUGUCAUAUGAUCCACAGGCAACUGAGUCCAAACAAUCAGAAUUGGAUCUACCACUUUCAACACCUCAAUCGCAAUUCAACGACUCCUCCAUAGCUUCAGAGGAGAAGCAGUGGGAGGUAGCACAAGAUCAGCAAGACUCGGAUUCCUCUGCAGAUAGCUCUCCACUUCGUGAACCGCAGGCCCCACUCGUGCCUAUCUUGAGAACUCCUUCCGGUGAGGUGGUGUAUGGCAUUACUGAUGAUCCAGUAGCUGCACAAGCUUAUCACUGGGCCUAUCGCAAGUACGAGGAGAAACUAGCUCGUCAGGAACAAUUACCGACACUAAGGUCAUCAUCUUGUGCUUCCUCUUGUACUACGGAAUGUUAUAGCCCCAAGCAGAAGAAAAUAUUCCUAAAUGCUUCCAAAUCUGUUGUGAGCCUUUCAGCUUAUCACGAUGGUACGGAGAUUAACCAAUGUACUGGUAUUGUUGUUGAGUGGGAUGAUGUAAAAAAAACUGCUAUAAUUCUCACUUCUGCUUGGAUUAUUUGCACAAAGAAACCCUUCGAUGAUUGGUCAUACAAGGAUUAUGCUCCUGAGGCUAAGGUUAUUGUUCGCAUACCGGAUGACACAGCCUCAGAUUGUCGCUUGCUGUACUUCAGCAAGCAUUUCGAUAUUGCCUUCUUUGAAACUAUGGGAGAGUUGACUCUACCAAUUGUACCGUUGAAACCUGAUUUGGAGUAUGGCCAGAAUUUGUGUGUGCUAGCUAGAGAUAAUAAAACAGAUUUGAUUUGCACUACAGUCAGAGUGAAAUACGUGGAUCCUUAUGAGUAUCAGCACAAUCACUAUUUGUUCAUAGAUGGUUCCAUUCCUAAGUGUGGUACUGGAGGUGCAUUGGCAGAUUUUAGUGGAAACAUUGUGGGGAUGUUAUUCUGCACGUUACCUAUUGUUGCUUUCAUACCAAGCUCUCUAAUCCUUACGUGUAUGAGAUUGUGGAGAAAUUUUGGGCAACUUGUUCGACCUCAGCUUGGCUUGAAGUUAAGAACAGUGGAUUUUCUAGAAAUGGCGCAUAUUGAGCUAUUGUCCCGUAAAUACAACAUUGCCUCUGGUCUUAUUGUAAGAGAGGUUUUUUCUCAGUGUGCUGCUGAGAAACAUGGCAUUCGAGUUGGUGAUGUUAUUCUCUCAUGCCAAGGAGAGAACAUUUCAAAUGUAACUCAGUUGGAAGAUAUACUGUUGGGUGUUGGUGAGAGACACCUUGAGAAGGGUAAUGACUCGGGCUCUAAAGUUGAUGUUGAGGUUGGUGUAUUUCAUGUACGUAAAUGUUCUAGAAGACUUGUCACUUUGACAGUAGAGUUGUCCGAUGGUAUUGAAGUCUUUCACUAAGAAGGUACAGCGUCGUCCUCUCAGGAAGAUGUAGCAGCUUGUGGCUGCCGAUGGCAGCAGGCUACUGCCAGCAGAGUGAAAGACCGGAUGCUCCUCCUGAGAGGCGACCUUGAAGAAGUCGCAGCGUACCUCGCCGAUCUGUCGGAGCUGGAGAACCCCCCCUUGACAGCGAAACACUGGAUGAGAGAGUUUCCCAAGCGAUAUCCGGCGCAGCGCUGGGUGGAGGAGGAUAAGGCUGACGACCUCGACUGGGGCCUCUUUGGCGACGCCAAUGACCGCUGCGGCGAGCUCUGCGUUUUGGUGGUAUCACAUAAUAUGUUUACAUAUUUAUAAUACGUUGUUUUUUGAAAUAAAUAAUUCAUUAUUGGUUAAUGAAUAUGUGUUUCAUUCAUGAAACUCUUUAUGUUGUAUGUUGUUAUUUCUAAAGGAUCCCUGAUGAAAUAUCAUAUGUGGAGCAAAUAUGGUUUAGUGAUCAA